AAACACAUUUCAGUCAUCUUAGCCGUGCUUUUUGUCACAUAUAUACUAUAAAUUACUCCCGUGUCAUGGAAGAUUAGAGCACCUCCUAAAUUUACACUGAAAUCUGAUGAUACAUUUGGCAAAUAAUGGGUGUAAAUUUGUCUCGUGCAUAUCGUAAUUCUUACUGUCUUCAUCAACAUCACUUACUACAAAAUAUUUCUCCGGUUUACUUGUUUUUGCUCUGUGAAGAUACUCAUGUUCGGCAUGACAAGUUGAUAAGAAUUCGUUUCUGUGCGAGAGGGAAGAUGGAAAAAAUGAGAAUGAUCUCCUAAGACAACAAAUUUCUUAUCACAAGAGCAGUAGAGUUGCAUUAUAAGUGGUGAUCUUCCCAGCAUCACUCCGUCAGAUCUUAUAGAGCAGCCAGAGAGUGAAAGUCGUGAAGUUUUAGUUGACAAAGUAUUUCAUUAAUUUGCCAAAAUGAUGUCAAAGAAGCUCCGUAAUGAUGCCAACUUGAGCACCAGUAGUGAAGUGGGUGAAUACAUAAUCAGUGAUUAUGGCUACGGGAAGGAUAAUGUGAAACUGUUGCACGUGGUGCGAAAUGGUCCUGUACACUCCAUAAAAGAACUCGAAGUGUGCUCUCAUCUGAAGUUGUACGAUAAAAAGGACUAUUUAUACGGGGAUAAUUCAGAUAUUGUGGCGACAGAUUCCCAGAAGAAUACAAUUUAUCUGUUGGCGAAAAAGUACGGAGUGAAGUCUCCCGAGGAUUACGCUCUCCUUCUCUGUGCCCACUUUCUCAGCAAGUACAGUCAUGUGAAGGAAGUGUCCAUCCAAGUGGUGGAAUAUCCAUGGAAACGAAUUGGAAGUGGCGACGGUCCAUUCAAGAAGCUCCACAAUCACGCUUUCAUGUUCUCGCCAACAUCAACGCGAUACUGUACGGUGACUCACGCCAGAACAGAUCCCGUGCCAACAGUAAUAAGUGGCAUUAAGGAUCUCCGUGUGCUGAAGACGACGCAAUCAUCUUUCGUCAAUUUCAUCGAUGAUGAGUACAGAUCUCUGCCGGACAUGAAAGACCGGAUCUUCAGUACAAUUGUGCGAUCAUCGUGGCAGUAUUCGUCAUGGAAGAAUCUGGAUUUUGACAAAAUCCACAACCGCGUGAUGGAGAUAAUUCUGAAGAACUUCGCUGGCGAUGCUGACAAAGGAAUAAUGUCGCCAAGUGUGCAGAAUACUUUGUAUGUGGCGGAAAAGGAAGUGCUCGAUGUGAUACCUGAGAUUUCAACCAUUGACAUGGAGAUGCCAAAUAAACACUACUUCACAGUGGAUCUAAGCAAAUUCCCCAAAGUCGUCCAGGGCGAGAAUGAAGAAGUCUUUCUCCCUGUCGAUAAACCGUCUGGAAUCAUCUACGCACAGUUGGAUAGGCGUGAUAUUAUGAGCAAACUGUAGAUUAAAACUUUCCCUUUAUUUGCUACCACAUAAGUUUUUUAAAACACCUCCAUAAAUGUUAAGAUUAAAUACACAUAAGUGAGAUAGUGAGAUUGCAAAGAGCCCGGUGAUUGUGCAAAAUGCAAAUAAACAGCCAAGAGGAUUUCCGAAUCAGGGGGAAAUGGUGUCAUUUUUGAGACACUCGUGCUGAAUAUACGAGAGUUGUGUUAUCGCAAACAAAUAGACAUUGAUUCUGAAAGAGUACUGAUGUGUAUGCCAUUUUCUAAUAAUAUCGGAAGAUUGUGCAAUUAUUUGCAAAGUAUACUCAAUAAAUUAUAUUGCUUAGAAAA